GAGGCCUGGGAUUGAAUGGAGUCGUCCCGGCUCCCAGCCUCGCGCCCGCGGGCUCCAGGCGGCCACGCCCUCCUCCGGGGCUUCCCUCGGGCGAGCCCCUCCGCUCCGGUCUCGCGGCUAGGGACGGGGUCGGGAGUGCGCAGGCGCGGCGAGCGGCGGAAGUCGCGACCAGGAAGAGGCGCCGGAGCCGCCUCGCUUUGCGCAGGGCGCCGCGCUCCUCCUCUCGCUCCGUGGGCCGCCCCGCCCCGCCUCCCGUGCAGGCCCCGCCCCAGCCACUCUCGCGGGCGGCCGCGCGGCUGCCGCCUCCUGCGCGUGGACAUGGCGCUCGACCCCGCAGAGCAGCAUCUCAGACACGUCGAAAAAGAUGUUUUGAUCCCUAAAAUAAUGAGAGAAAAGGCCCGAGAGAGAUGUUCUGAACAAGUUCAAGAUUUCACUAAGUGUUGCAAGGACUCUGGAGUCCUUAUGGUGGUGAAAUGCCGGAAGGAAAACUCCGCACUGAAAGACUGUCUCACCUCUUACUAUAAAGAUCCAGCCUUUUAUGAAGAAUGCAAAAUGGAAUACCUGAAGGAAAGGGAGGAAUUCAGAAGAACUGGAAUUCCUACCAAGAAAAGGCUACAGAAGCUUCCCACAAGUAUGUAGGCAAAUAAUAAUCAAGAUGAUGCUCAUGGAAAUCAGUCACCUGAAAUAAUGGACUCAGGGAAGUGCGUUUCCUUUAUCCUUAAUUAUGGAAAUAACUUUAUCUGAAAUAAAGAUUUUUUUUUAACCUCCA